AUGAAUGAAAGUGAAACAAAUUUAAAAACCAACGGCUAUGAUUUGCCAGUAUAUGGACUGGACAAUGGCCAGUUUUUAAUCAUACACGUUCCAGCGCUCGCGUGCAUUUUCCUGAGUCUGAUUUGUGCAUUAACGGUGCUAAUCCUGUCUUUCAAGAAGAAGAGAAUUCAAACCUUUUUUUCCUGGACAAAGAGUGAACGUUUCGUGGUUUACAUGGCCAUCUGUGAUGGUACGUUUAACAUUGCCCACAGUUUUGAUCACCUACAUAUCGUGAUCUCGCGAAACCACGUCCACCCAAAGCAGCUCUGUGAGUUUUAUGCUUUUAUGUUAGUUGAGUUCAUUACAGCUCAAAAUUUGAUGGUGAAUGUCGUAGCCAUCAACGCUUUCGUGUUGAUUUAUUUCAAUAAGAAUAUCGACUUUGGAAAGUACGACUGGAAACUGCUGCUAUGGAUUUUAGGAGUUCCCUUUGUGGGCGUGGUGUUUGCAGCUAGUUUGGGUCAGCUAGGUCCAGCUGGCGCUUUUUGUUACUUUGACGGCGUGAAGGGUGUGAUUGCCAACAUAAUCUUCACCACGGUUCCCCUGACUCUCAUACUGACUAUCAACAUUAUCUUGUACCUACUGACAUGGUCACGUAUCAGGUCCGAGACACAGCGAAUCAAGCAUACGAUUGGUCAAAAAUCCGUCACAAUGCGCAUCGCACACAACGCCGCACGCAACAUGACAUUUUUCGUAGCGGCAUUUUUCGUCCAGUGGUGGGCCUUCGCUAUAUACGGUGUUUGGGCUCUUGUUAACGACGUACCACAAAUUUUGUUCCAGUUGGUCACAAUUUUUAACAACCUUGGAGGAGUUGUGAACCUAGGGGUGUACAUGUUUAUACGGAAACACACCGAAGUGGCUCCGCAGAUUCCUAGUAAUAGUGGUACGAAUACAACACCAGCUUAG